AUGUCGUUACCUUCAGAUAACCGCUCCUGGCCGUCGAAGGAUGCUAAACUGGCGUUAUCGGAUGACAAGUGGGACGACUGCAUGUCCUGCAGAGUGACUGGAUCCGCUGCAUUUGUCGGUCUCGGAGUCUACAGCUACUACACCGGCAUGAACAACCUCCGCAAGCAAGAGAAGGCGAUCAUGCAGGGCCCAACGAAGUAUAAGAUGGGAUCGCGACGGCUCGGAAUUGCCACCAUUUCGGCUAGUCUAGUUGGCCUGGGUCUCUGGCGAGCAUUCAACUGA